AACCCGUGCCGGGUCAAAUCAUGUCAAGUAAUGGGGGACGGAGGGAGUAAGAAAUAGUAAAAAAGGUAAAUGUAACAUAUAUUGGUAGAUGGACGAAAAUGGAAAAUUGAGGCGAUUAUUGGUAGACGGAUGAAGUAGUAGCUAUUUUGAUUAUAUGUAUAUAUAUUUACAAGCAGGUGAUCAUGGCCUUCAAUCUUCCAAGGUUCAUCGCCAUUAGAACAAUUGGUUAUCCUGAUAGAGGGCAUCUUUACUACAACGAAAGGGCAAGAGUAGUAGAGCUUGGGGAGCAGAGUGUGUUCAGCACGCUCGUGAAGAUUGAAGUCGAAAGAGCAACAAGCAACGCCAACUACGUUCACCUCCGAUUCUGUCAUUCCAACAGGUAUUGGUCGCAGAGAGUGAACGGAAACGGCAUCGUUGCUGAAUUAAAGGAGCCCGUGGAAGACACAACGAAUCGUUCAUGCACGUUAUUCGAGGCGGUUCAGGCGCCUGGUAAGCCAGCAGGUGAGUUUUACUUGAAUCACGUUCAGACCGGUGGGCGCUUGUUCAUAGAUCCGCAGUACUGGGGCGUUUUCGUGGUGGUAAACGCCAGUUCGUACAAUUUCUUAACUUUUGUGGAUUGGAAUACAUUGGUGAAACUGCCUGGCCACGUGGCUUUCAAAGGCGAUAACGACAGAUUCCUUAGAGGAGUUUCCUGGAAUCGGUUCAACUACCUGCAGUUCUCAUCCAACGAUCCUAACGAGUUGGCAUCGGGCCAUCGCGUGUCGUUCAUGCCGGACGGACAUGUCCGGAUAACGUCUGAUCACUGGGGGGGCCAGUUCUGGAGGCGCAGUCCUAACUGGAUAUGGGCCGAUGCCAAUCAAUCUUCUCUCUCCAACCGCGACACUCACUUCUGGCCGAUCAAAGUAGACAACAACACCAUUGCACUCCGCAAUGCGGGCAAUGACCAAUACUGCUCACGUCUGACCGCCGAAAACAAUACCGACAUGUUAAAUGCGGCCGUCCGCACCAUCACCAAUGAAGCCAGACUGGUGGUGCAAGAGCUCGUAUCCACUAGAAAGAUCUACAACGUCGUAUAUCGGAUGGAGGACGCCAGGAUAUUCGGGGAGAUGCCUUAUCUGGCAGGCACAACCGUGGUUACUAACUCCAGCGACCAGGAGGCUGCCAUGGCUGUUGAGAUUACAUAUCAAGACGAGAAAUCUUAUACUUUUAGCCGUAGCAUGUCUAUAACUGCAGGGGUGAGCACCACCUUCAGUGCUGGUGUGCCCUUCAUCGGGGAAGGAUCGAUCACAACCUCUUUCGAGAUAAACACCACUCUCCAGUGGGACACCACCACGACUACUACCACAUCAAUUACGGCUAAGGGCGCUGUUCCCGUGCCUGCGAGGACUACGGCUGUGAUUGAGUAUGUCGGGACUAGGGGCACUUGCGAUAUUCCUUAUUCUUACACGCAGCAAGACAGGGACUCCACCAAUGGCGAUGUUUCUUACACUGAGCACGUUGAUGGUAUUUACAAAGGCAUCAGUUUUUACAACUUCAACUUUGCUAUCAGAUCCACUCAGCGCCUCGCCUGAGCAUCCCGUCCCGUUUUUCUCAAUCAUCAAUAACCGUCAUCAAGUUUGUUUCUGUUAUGUAAGCUAGCUUCAUAGCUUAAUCAUUAAGAUUGGGUCAAAGAUUGUUGUUUGAUUAUCAAUUUGAGUUGAGUGUUUAGCUUAA